GUCAGUGUCGAUGGUGGCGCCAGCUACAUUGUCAAUGUUGUUAGGCUUACCAAAUGGAGUCUAAUGGAGUCGAUUUAAUAAAAAUUGCCUGAAAAUCAAUCGAAACGAUGGAAAACCUCAAAGAAAUGACAUGAGCCGGGUCCGUGCCCCCUUCCGUAACAUGUAGUUAGGCAGCGUCGACACACUGCCUGCACAAUAAGGUGCGAUGUCACAGAGAGCAAAAAGGCCUAACCGCUCAGACGAUGGAUCAGUUCCUGUUAAAAGGCGCAAACGUACGGCGGCGGAGGAGGAGGAAGCGGCCUCCUUGGCGGUGUGGCAGCCCCGCUCCAACGACCUGAAGAGCAUCUACAACCGGACGACGACCGAGGCGCCGGCCGAGCUCUUCCGCAAAGACCUGAUCAGUGCGAUGAAGUUGCCCGAUUCGGAGCCGCUGGCCUCGAAUGAGUACUGGGUUAUUGUCGAUCAGUGGAAGCAGGAGUGGGAAAGGGGGGUCCAGGUGCCAGUCAAUCCAGAUUCCUUGCCGGAACCUAGCGUCACUGUCACACAGAACACGCCACUCAAGCUGCAACAUGAGUUCAAACUGCCAAAAAACAAGUACAUCCGCAUCACCAAGGACGAGAACUUCAAAAUCGAGGAGCACGCCCUAUCCAACGCCCCGGCUCAAUCGGAGGCGGCUUGCUCGUACGACCUGGACGAAUGCGACGUCUCCUGGCUGCGCAUCCUCAACUCGGAGCGCUCCCAAUGCGGCCAAUCACCGAUCAACUCCGAGCAACUCGAGCGCGUAAUCGAGCAAUUCGAGCUAUGCUGCUGGGACAAAAUCCAGUCGAUUUUACGCAACGAAGAAGGCCUGGGCAUCGAAUACGACGAGAACGUCAUCUGCGACGUCUGUCGCUCCCCCGACUCCGAAGAAGGCAACGAGAUGGUCUUCUGCGACAGCUGCAACAUCUGCGUUCACCAGGCCUGCUACGGCAUCACCCGGAUACCCGAAGGCCAAUGGCUGUGCUGCACGUGCCACCUCAGCAAGCGGCCGAAAUGCGUGCUCUGCCCCAACAAAGGGGGCGCCAUGAAGUGCACGCGCUCCGGCCAGAAGUGGGCGCACGUCUCGUGCGCCCUCUGGAUACCCGAAGUGAGCAUCGGCUGUGUGGAGAAAAUGGAACCCAUAACGAAAAUCUCAAGCAUUCCGCAGAGCCGAUGGGCGCUGAUCUGUGUCCUGUGCCGGGAGAGGGUCGGCGCCUGCAUCCAGUGCUCGGUCAAGACGUGCAAAACGGCGUAUCAUGUCACCUGUGCGUUCAAACACGGCUUGGAAAUGCGAGCGAUUAUCGAAGACGAGAACGCCGAUGACGGAGUUAAGUUGCGCUCAUAUUGCGAGAAACACAGCAAGUCGAGCAAGAACAAGGAGAAGAGUGUGUGUUCGGGGUCGGAGGACGACGAUUCGCGCCGGAAAAAGCGCAAAGACAUGACUUCGGAGGAGAAGAACCAGGCACGUGCUGCACGGUUGCAGGAGAUCGAGUCGGAGUUUUUCAAGCACGUGUCGAUUAAAGACGUCAGUAUCCACCUGGACGUGGACAACGACGCCCUCCACCACAUCUACAACUACUGGAAGUUGAAGCGCAAAGCCGGGAACAACAAGCCGCUGCUGCCGCCGAAGUCCGAGGACGUUGAUAUGCUCUCUCAUAAACGCGAACAGGCCGAUAUGGAGAAGAUGAAGAUGUUUGUGCAAUUGAGACAGGACUUGGAACGGGUGCGGAAUUUGUGUUAUAUGGUGAGUCGGAGAGAGAAACUGUCGAGGAGUUUCUUUCGAUUGCGCGAACAGACGUUUUAUAAACAGACGGCUGUGCUUGAAGCUGCUAACAAUUUGCCGAAUGUUGUGGUACAAGCUGUGAUUGAAGCCAAUCAUGGACCGUCGAUCUAUGAUCGGUUGUAUUCACAUGAAGAUGCAGAGGAUCAUACGAGCGAUUUUGAGAGGAUUUUGACGAGGAUUGCUGGGGUUAAGUCGCCGACGGAUUCAGGGGAUGAGAAACGGACAGAGCUUAAUGGGCUUUUUAAGGACAAGAAUCCAUACAAAAAGAUUUACUUCAAUGGUUCUUCGAAUCGACGCAGCGGCAGUUUGUACGGCAGUAGUUCGAGUAGUGACGAAAAGGACCGCUUGAACGCGGCAACAACUUCCGAAGAUGAAGACAAAAGUAAAAAGAAAUCAUCUUCAUCGGUCCGAAAACCUAACAACAAUAACAACAAAGCGUCCGAUCGCCGACGAAAAAGACACAGUGCAUCUAGUAAAAUCGAAAGUAGUAGUGAGGAGGAUUCCAAACAGAAAACGAAAAAGACUUGGGGACAAUUCUCCCGCUUAAAGCAAGUGGAACGCGAAUUAGGUUAUUCGGGUAGUGACAGUGACGAACUAAUGCCAAUACGUGCAAGCCAAAAAUCAGACACUAAACAAAUGUCGUCAAUCUAUUCGGAUAGUGACAGUUCGGACGUAUCAAUGACCAAAGCAAGUGAUUCCCAACAAAAUAAACUACGAACGAAAGCAGCAGUCAAAGAGUUUUCACACAAACCGUCAACGUCCAACAAAACAAGUCCCGAAAACAAAAAGAACAAGAAAAAAGAAAGCCCCACAAAGAAAAAAGAUUACGACCCAUCUGAUCUCAUUGUACCGCAGCGACAAGCGGCCAAAAAAGCAACCGAAAAUCUCAAAUCGACAACAACGCGAGUUGUCAAAGAACAAAUGGACGAACCAAGCGUAAAAGUUGAAGAAAAACCCGUCAAAUUGCCCAAACCUAAAGCAAAAACUAAAGAAACCGUAAAGGAAGUGAAAGAAGUGAAGAAGGAAUCAGCGGUGAAAACGAGCGAUGUGUUCGAUCUCGAUAAAGAAACGGACAAUGCGGAGAUUCUCGCCUACGUUCCGCAACGUCAAGCUGCGAAAAAAGCCGCUGAACACAUAAAAAGUGGGCUGGGUAAGCCCGUGGCGCCCUCUAGUGUUGACGAAUUGGAGAAAAACAAAUUGGAGAGUACAGUGGUCAAGAAAAAGGAGGCGGAAAAACAGCAGCCGGCUAAAGUCCCAGAAAGCAAACGCAAGUCUUCCUCAAACAGCAGUUCGUCUUCCUCGUCUAGUUCUUCCACGUCGUCUUCGACGUCGUCGAGUUCAGAUAGUGAUGAUGAGGUUCCACCAAGUCAGCAACAAGCGCAACAACCGCGAUCGGAGAGUCUUUUCUCGAAUUACUCGUCGAAAGAGUGUCGGGAAACGGCUAAGCGGACGAACGCCAGCAAGGACUGGCCCUUUCUUGACAAGGGUGCCAAGUCUGCAGCAGCAGCGGCGUCCAGCUCAAGCACCGACUCGAGUGAUUCUAGCCGUCCCACCUCCCCAAUCAUCACAACAACAAAAACUACUAGUCCCGACAAGAAGUCAACAACUACUCAAAGAGAGGAACAGACGAGAAUGCGAGGAAAAGGCAGACCAGCAACAACAGCAGCUAGAGGGAGGCCGAGGCAAUCAUCUAAAUCCGGUGAUCGGGUCGGAGAUGCUAAUGUCAGGCUUAGAAAUUUGUCUGAUAGCCAACGUGGCGAUGCUAAGUGUCGGAAGGGAAAACAGGAUGAGGUGGCCGAGAAAGAGACAAAGUCCGUUAACAAACUACAGUCUCCGGUCCGGAAAACGGAUAAAAAACUAACUGAAAGCAAAGAAUCGUCGGAAGUCAGUAAUCUCGAAAAGGAAAUACUCGAACGAAAAGCUGGAAAACAGGGCUCAUCCAAAACGAAAUCAACUCUCGACCGGUUAUUCGGUUCACCACCUGACAAAAAGGACGAAAAGAAACCGUUAAACAAAACGACAAAACCGACCAAACCUGAACGAGUAAAAUCAACAGUAAAGGAAAACAAAGAGCCGGAGAAAAUAGCAUCACCCGUCAAAAAAUCACCGGUUAAAAGCAAAAACAUCGAUGAGAUUUUCACACAAAAGACUGUCCUAAACGAGAAUAAAAUCGAGGUUAAAGAAAAGGAAAAACACCCAACUCCGAAGCGUGAAGAAAUCGAACCGGCGCCAAAAAUCGAAGAUUUCAAACAAAACAACGAGAAACUCACCGAACCGGAGAAGAAAUUGCCGCACAGUCGGUCAAUUUUCUCGCCACCGCAUCUCAAAGACAAUUUGCUUGAUUUCGAUAAUUUGGACGACGGUUUUGGUAUUUCCAAAGACGAGGAGAUAAUGAAAGGCCCCCUAACGUUCAAUUUCGGCAACACUAGUCUUUUCAAGGAAGACUCAAAGGAAGACAGUGCACGUGAAACGCUAAAUCUUGUCGAAAAACUUCGCAUGGAAAUGUCGAAAAAAUCGACGAGCUGUGAUGUUGACGAUGGUGCAAGUGUUUCGUCGAGUACUAAAAACGAAUGUGAUCGAACUGAGUUUGCCGAACAAGUGGUGCCGAAUUGUGUGGCGGAAAAGAACGAUGCGAAAGUGGAUGAUGUGCCGCCGCCGACUGUGAACUUGGAGAUGCGUGUGGAGGUGACGGAGGCGAAAGGUUUCGCCGAUAGAGGGCAGGACUAUCGGUUUAUGAGUUGUGAGGCGGAUGUUCCAUUGGAACAGAACAAGAACAUUCCGAUUCAACAGCAUCAUGGGCUUAGUGAUCAUGGGAUUAGUGGGCAGGGUGAUGAGAGAUGGGUGCCACCCAGCGAGGCGUAUCCGGCAGCGCCACCUAUAGACCCUUCGAAUUACGGCAGCGAGAGCCAACAACCUCCUCAAACCCCUCAACACUUCAUGCAGCAAUACUCACUCAACAAGACUCAACCCCUCCUCAACGCCAUCCCUCCCCAGAUCGAAAUGCGCCUCCACGACGACACCCUCAAAAACCCAUCCCCCACGUUACACGACCGUCGAAUCUCACAAACCCCCCUCAACGAAGACUGCAUGCCCAGCCCAUCCCCGUACGCCGACAUCCACCCCCAGGCCAAAUGGGCCGACAGCGAAAUCAUGCCCAACCGACGUUCUUCCUCCAGCUCGGCGGCCUCCACCUCCAGCUCGUGUUCGCGGCGAAACGACGACGACGACCUCAAACUGCGGCCCGACGUCAUGAUGGUCAACCACCAGGCCCUCGAAAUCGGCUACCUGCACCCGUUUCCACCCGAAUUGUUCCCGACUUUGUCCGAUUCCUCGCAGUUUGUCAGUCCGGUAAGUCUCCUCCAUCCUCCUCCUUUGAACCCCUCGCUAGCGUUUCCUUCGACCGCUCCGGCGAUGUUACCGCCGGCUUUCGCCCCAUUUCCCCCAGCUCAGGUGAUGGCGCCCACGCUGUCCAAGCCGCUGGAGGAUGUGCCGCAUUGCACGGCCGCCUUCACGUCCUCGCAGCAUAAUAUGGCGUUGACGGCGGCCAUUGCGAAUCUGCCGCCGAGUUUGCCCAAGGAAGUCGAGGCGCUGCCUGAGGAUGAGGUCGUUCCGACGACUCAGAGUAAUGUUUUGUCGUCACCAAGUCCUUCAAUUAAGUCGAAUAGUUCGGGGAAAAAAUCGCCAAGUAAGCCGACACGGACGUCGGCACGGGUCACCUCGCAGGGGAAGAGCCCCAAGCAAGACGUGGUCAAGCCGAGCGGGAGAGGGCGAGGUGAAGCGAAGAGAAAUUCGGUUAAGUCGAAUGCUGCAAGAGGGCGUGGCAGGGCUAGAGGCAGGGGUAGAGCACACUCUCACAAUGAUCAUGAGUUUAUCAGCAAUACGAUUCAUAAUAAGUUGGUGGGGACGGUGUACGAUCUGGACUUUGAUGACGACAUUUCGAGCGAAAACGUCGAUUUGAAAUCGAUGAGGGAACGCCGAAAGUCAGUCGAUGUCCAAAAGACCGAACUGAAGGAAAGUUCCGACUCACCAUCGCAGAAAAAAUACAAUGACUUGAGAGAGUUGCGACCGCCGAGCCCAGUCAAGGACACAACGCCGAAACCGGCCGAAGUCGAACCGAUCUUCCCCGACAUCGUCCAGCCGGUAUUACCGGGCCCUGUAGACAUGCGCACCUACAACACCAACUUCGACCAAAGCUACAACGAAGCCAACCUCCUCCGAGCGUUCGACUCCGGGACAACGGAACCACCAGUCAACGAGGAGAUUGACGAGGAGUUCGAGAAAGAACUCCAGACGGCUUUGACAACUCCGAGUAAAAAACCGGACGAACCUCCCGCCAAUAUCAAAGUUUCGUUAUCGGACUCUCGUAAUCAACUCAAAGUCAAGAUUAAGGGCCCCAUCGCCAACUACUCCUCGACCAUACCGCCGCUACCUCCCCCGGUCACCGUUUCGAGCAUUUCGAACAACGUCAUCAGUAACAAUUCGAUCGGGGUCAGUUCGGGAACGUCGAACUUGCGACGCAUGCGCAAAAAAGAACUGCUACGACAGUACUGGACGCAGGAUAUGAACAUGGAUGAUUCGUCCUGUGCGCCUGGUUUUAACGCUACUCCAACCGUACCUCCCGUCAAUCGUACUAUUAUCACUAUACCUAAGGCUGUGGCUUCAAUGACCAGUAUUCCGACAAAAGACGAUUAUCGCGACUACCGAACCGACGAUGUCAUCGAAACAAAACAACACCGCAAGGAGGCCAAGUCACGACCGGGCGCCCUCUCGCGUGAACUGCGCCAACUAGACCUGUCCUUGGACGAAGACGCCUUGCAUGAACGCCGGCGAAGUAUCGGAAGCAACAAUUCGACGAACUACGACUCUGGGACGAACAAACGAAGAGGGCGCCCCCCGCGCCCGUCGCAGCAAACAACCGGGACUCCGAAAAUCAAAAUUAAGAUUGGCAAUAGUAUAGUUGGUAAGAUUGACGAUAAACGGGAUCGGAUAAGACCGCCGAAGAAACGCCUCGCCAAUAUAAACAUGCCGAGUGUCGAAGACCUGAAACGCGAGAGUAUGAAGUUCCGGAAGUUGGUCAUGGCCGACUUCGACGAGGGUAAGGAGAAGCGGAAGAAGAAAGACAAAAGUGAGAAACGUAAGCGGAAAAAGGCGAAACCCGAAGUGCGGAUAAUCUCGAAUGAGAGCCAGAACAAGUUGAUUAUACGUAUCGGGAAAAAGGGUGAGCGGACUAGUGGUGGUGAGGAGGGUGGUGCUCCGAUUAAGUUGAAGUUGGCGCGGUGUCAGGAGGGCAGCGGGUAUGUGAUGAAGAGCGAGGAGGCGGCGCAGUCGCCGCCGCCGCCACCGCCGCCGCCGCCCCCGACGUUGGGCCCGCCGCCGCUGCCCCUCAACAAAGACUGUGAAGUUAGAUGAUAGUCGUGUACCAUUGAUCUGUAAUAUAAGUAUAGGUGACCAGUGAGGCAGGUUGUACAGACGCUAGCUGCUACUUCACCUGUUUUAAAUCCACGUUGUUAAGCUGUCUAGUGUAUUAUUAUGAUGUGUAGGCUAAGCGAGCACAUGUAUGUCAUUAAUUUCAGUGUACAAAGUCAAUUACAGCCGCAAACGUGUAACCAUAUUUUUGUACAUAUUGUAAGUUAUGGUAUUUGUGAAUAUAAAUAGUACUAAUUUAUAUAUAUUAAUAUCAUUUAAAAUGAUUAACUCGUGUUGACAAUUUUGAUAGCUAGAAUCGUUAUAGAGUUUCAUCAGAUAUUGUACAGAACAAAUGGCUUGAGUGCAAUCUUUUUAUCGGUUGUUUGUUGUGAGAGAGCCAUUAUUUUAUUAUUGUACAGUCUUUAUUAUUUUAAACGUGCGUCUAGCGACUUGUACUAUAAAUUUACUUAAAAGAUUUAUUAUCUAUUUAUAGUUAUACAUAGUUAAUUUUAUUUUUUAUAUUUCUGGAUAUGUUUUUAUAGUGUACGUGUUGUAUCAUAUAGAUUACUUCAAGUAUUAAAGCACAAGCCAUUUGUUGUUUCAUGUUACAUGAUACAAAAUAAUAUUAUAAUAAAUAUAAAAUAUGAACAAAGUCGACAGUUUUCUAUUCAGGCAGUCCACACACACGUUUUCCUAUCUUUUUUUACGUAUACAUACUUUUGCAGCAUCACUCGAAACAAAGCACACGACACGACAUUCUCUUGUUAACAUGAUGUGUAUAUUUUUCUCUACCAGCCGGACUGUAAGAUGUAUGUGUAUAAUUUCACAAAAUGUACACAUAGUUGAUUCGUGAAUUAUAUUCAGUUUUAUAUAAAAAUUA